GCUGCGCGGCCGCCUCCCUCUCGGCCCGGCGCGGGGCGGCGCCGCGGCCUCGCUGCUGCUGGCGCUCGUGGCGCUGGCGGUGCGCGCCGCCGCGCGCCGCGCGCCGCCGCAGCCGGCCCCCAUCGCGCUCUCGCUGGCGAUGCGGAUGCUGCGGGAGCAGCGCGUGCAGGAGCUCGUCUAUACCCACGGCGGCGAGCUGCUCCUGCGGCUGAAGGACAGGCUCGACGCCGCGGGCCAGGCGCUGCCCUGCCGGGGGCACGGAGACGGACUGCGGUACUCCACCUUGCUGGUGCCGGGCAGCGACGCGGCCGUCUUCGCGGUCGCGGACGCCGCCGCAGUGCCGAGCGUCAGCUACGCCCCGCCGAACAAGGGCAGGGCGCUAGCCACCUCCGUCCUGGUGCCCGCGGUGUUCCUGCUGGUCUGGUACGCUGCGGUCAGGUCUCUCUUGUCCAAGGACGAGAAGUUUGCGAACCCGCGUGCGACGCGACGGCCCACGGAGUCAGUGGGCUUCGCGGACGUGGUGAGCCGUUGCAAGGUGGAGCUGGCAGAGAUCGUGGACUACCUCAACCGCCCGGAGCGGUUCAAGGAGGCGGGCGCCCGCAUGCCGCGCGGCGCCCUGCUGGUGGGCCCCAGCGGCACGGGAAAGACGCUGCUGGCGCGCGCGGUUGCCGGCGAGGCACGCUGCUCAUUCUUGAGCGCCUCAGCCGCUGAGUUCAUCGAGGUCUACGUCGGCCGCGGCGCGGGCCGCAUCCGCGACCUCUUCCAGCAGGCCCGGGACGCGGCGCCCGCCGUGCUCUUCCUCGACGAGCUCGACGCUCUGGGACGGCGCCCGGGCGGCGCCGACGCCAAGAGGGGCCUCCACGAGGAGUACGUGCAGACGCUGAACCAGCUGCUCACGGAGCUCGAUGGCUUCCAUGGCCGCGGCGACGGCGUGGUCGUGCUGGCCGCGACGAACCGCCACGAGGCGCUGGACCCGGCGCUGCUGCGCCCCGGGCGGUUCGACCGCCACGUGUUCGUGGAGCUGCCGGACGAGGAGGAGAGGCUCCAGAUCCUGCGGCUCUACAGCUCCAGGGCGCCGAUGGCCGCGGACCCGCCGGCGGGGGUCCUGGAGGCCAUGGCCGCGGGCGCGGAGGGUUUCAGCGGCGCGGAGCUCGCUAACGUCGUCAACGAGGCCGUCUUCCUGGCGCUGCGCGCGAGCCGGUCCUCCGUGGCCGAGCAGGACCUGCGUGGCGCCCUCUGCCGUGCGCUCGAGGCCCGCGCGCGGGCGGCCCGGGCGGCGAGCGAGCCCGCCGAGGCGGGCCUCACGCAGGGCCUGCUGAGGAGGCUGUCGUCGGCGGCGGUCGCGGCGCGCUGA